GCCCUCGGCAGUCGGCUGUCACAGUCUACCAGACUUCCUCUACAGAGAGCUCUAGUCAGGCCAACCCACACUGCAACCAAAGAUGACGUCCAUGAUGACCGCUCUCUCUAUGGCCGCGGCCGCCACCAUCCUCUGCGUCGUCCUCGGCAACCCAUUGCCGGCGGACGACGAGCGCGACGCAAACGCGUCUGCGCCGUCCAACUUCCUGAACUGCGCCAACGGCGUGGGUUCGGGCACCGGCUUCAACAACUGCAGCAUGCCCCAGGCGCCCGCCGGCCUGCCCUCCAUGCCCUCCGGCGUGCCCUCCGGUGUUCCCUCCGGCAUGCCCGACUGGAGCUCCAACAUGCCGCAGCCGCCCUCCGGGAUGCCCCAGCAGCCGCCGCAGAUCUCCCAGGGCGUGGACUGCGCCACAGCCGUCGGCCAGGGCAACGGCUUCAACAACUGCAGCAACAUCAUCCAGCCGCCCAGCGGCUUCUUCGGCUCCAGCACCAGGCAGGACUGAGGCACUGCACGCGCCCAAGGCCGCUCCCCCGACCACUGCCGGCGCACUGGCCGCGGCUCCUGUCCUAAGCGGGCCGUAACACAUCGUCCGGUCCAUUGGAGAAAAUUCAUUAUGUAUCAGAACUGAUUAAAUAAAUUGCUUUCCAUGCCAAAGGCA